CCCCUGGCCCCAUGCCCCUGACUAAGGUGUCACCGGUCACCCAUGAUUCAGUCCUGGACACAGGACUUUGCACUUGUCCUUGUUGCAUUUCAUCUGAUGUUGUUAAUUUCCAACAUUUAAAGUGAGGAAACAGCAAGUGUCUUUGGACUCUUUUUUUCAACCCUGGAAUUCAAAUGUACACGUGAGGAGCUUUCAGUAGGGGUAGCUGCAAGUCAGGACUGGAGGCUUAGGCAGAGCAGUGUUUGUGGAGACCAGGACUGCAAGGGAAAAGAGUCAGAAGUCUGAUAGUAGAAAGGAAGCCUCUUGCCCUGCACCUGCAUCUGGCUGCCUAAUCUUGGGUCUCCUCCUCCUGCUGCCCAACCCCCAACAACAGUGAUCUAUCUUCUGAGGACAUCCAAGGCUGGUGAGGAAUAUCUGGCUAAGGAUUGAUGCAGGGCCGCCCCUCCAGCAUUUAUUAGCACUUCCUUCUCAGUGGGGACCCCUGGGUCCAAAGUCCUGAUGUCAUCCUGUGGGGAGGGAGUGAACAAGCUGAGGAAGGAAGGGGAAACAGAGUCAGAGGGGCUGAUGGACUGAGGCAGAGAGCAAUGCUGAGAGGCAGAUGGACUGCGAGAGGUAGAUGGCCAGAGCUAGAGCUGCGGAGAGAGAGUUUGGUGCCGGGGACUCCAGCAGAGACAUCAGACUUCCCUUUUCUGGCCGGCAUUAAAACCUCUUCUCUUUACACUUUUCAAGUUCCUUUGGUGGUAACUACUCAGCCCUCUCUUUGUUCUGCCUCGACGAUGGUGAGGUGGUUUCACCGUGACUUAAGUGGAGUAGAUGCGGAGGCCUUGCUAAAGGGGCGGGGAGUUCAUGGAAGUUUCCUAGCUAGGCCCAGUCGAAAGAACCAGGGAGAUUUCUCCCUUUCUGUCAGGGUAGGUGACCAGGUGACCCACAUCCGUAUCCAGAACACUGGGGAUUUUUAUGACCUCUAUGGAGGGGAGAAGUUUGCAACCUUGUCUGAACUGGUGGAGUAUUACACGCAACAGCAGGGCUCACUACAGGAUAAAGAUGGGACUGUCAUAGACCUGAGAUAUCCACUGAACUGCUCAGAUCCCACAACAGAGAGGUGGUACCAUGGGCAUCUAUCUGGCUCAGCAGCUGAGUCUCUGCUCCAGGCCAAGGCCAUCCCUUGGACCUUCCUGGUGCGAGAGAGCCUCAGCAAACCUGGUGACUUCGUUCUGUCGGUCCUGACUGACCAACCCAAACCUGGGGCUGAGGCCCUUCUACCUGGGGCUGCCAGUACCCCUGGCACCCGGCUCAAAGUCACCCAUAUCAAGAUCAUGUGUGAGAACGGGAGAUACACAGUUGGAGGGGCUGAUAUGUUUGACAGUUUGGCAGAUCUAGUGGAACAUUUCAAGAAGAUAGGAAUUGAAGAGGUAUCUGGAACCUUUGUGUACCUGAAGCAGCCCUAUUAUGCUACAAGAGUGAAUGCUGCUGACAUUGAGAACAGGGUGCAGGAGCUGAACAAGCGGAGCCUUCCUGAAGAGACAGCCAAGGCUGGAUUUUGGGAGGAAUUUGAUAGCUUGCAAAAGCAGGAGGCCAAGAAUCUCUAUGACAGGCAUGAAGGCCAGAGGCCUGAAAACAAGGGCAAGAAUCGGUACAAGAACAUCCUGCCCUUUGAUCACACCCGGGUAGUCCUCCAGGGCAGGGAUCCAAACAUCCCUGGAUCAGAUUAUAUCAAUGCCAACUACGUCCAGAACACCUUGAUCAGCCCAGACGAGCGCACCAAGAGCUACAUUGCCAGCCAGGGAUGCCUGGAUGCCACGGUCAAUGACUUCUGGCAGAUGAUGUGGCAGGAAAACACGCGCAUCAUUGUGAUGACCACCCGGGAGGUGGAGAAAGGGAGGAACAAGUGCGUCCCCUACUGGCCAGAGGAGGGCAGCACCAAGAAGUAUGGUCCCUACAGCGUGACUAACAGCAAGGAACACGACACCCAGGAGUACAAGCUCCGCCAGCUCUCCCUGGCACCCAUCGAUGAUUGUGAUUUGGUGCGUGAGAUCUGGCAGUACCAGUACCUGAGCUGGCCAGACCAUGGAGUCCCCAGUGAGCCUGGAGGGGUGCUCAGCUUCCUGGACCAGAUCAAUCAGAAACAGGAGAGCAUCCCAGAUGCUGGACCCAUCUUGGUGCACUGCAGUGCUGGAAUUGGCCGCACCGGAACCAUCAUUGUCAUCGAUAUGAUAGUGGACACGAUCGCCACCAAGGGGCUGGAUUGUGACAUAGAUAUCCAGAAGACCAUUCAGAUGGUGAGGGCCCAGCGGUCAGGAAUGGUGCAGACUGAGGCCCAGUACAAAUUCAUCUACGUGGCCAUCUGUCAGUACAUAGAGACCACCAAGAAGAAGCUGGAAGUCAUGCAGUCUCAGAAGGGAAAAGCCACUGAGUCUGAGUAUGGCAAUAUCAUGUACCCACCUGCUCUGAAGAACCCCCAUGGCAAAGUCUCACGGAAAUCUUCCAAGCAAAAGGAAGAGCCAACACUCUAUGAAAACUUGGAAAAUGCCAAAGCAAAGAAAGAGGAGAAAGUACGAAAGCAACGAUCAUCGGGGAAGGAGAAGCUCAAGGGAUCACUCAAGAAAAAAUAGCCUUCUGCAACAGAUGGGACAGUCCCCCAAGUCCUGUGAGAUCUGGACUAGGAUCAUUCCAGGGAGGCGGGAGAGGGCGCUAUAACCCAUGUGCCCCAAUAAGAUAUUCCUGCAGGGAUCUGACACACUGUGUCAUGCCCCAGCUAGUCCUUCUGACGUGUUGCUUUUUCUCUCGUUCUAGCUCCUCUCUGUUCUGGCAGAUGCUGCCUCCAGGGCAAGUUAGCUGCAAUCCCUAUGCUGUUUCUGAACACACAUUCCAGCAGAGGCAGCCAAUCUACUCUGCGUCCCAACCUAUCCCUUUAAUACUUUUACCAGCCAGAUCAGUAAUGGCAUCUCUCAUUUUCUCUGGCUACCAAGGUUCAGGGUCACAUCCACUCUCCUGGAACAAGCUUUGUUUGUCCUUUACAGGCUCCUCUUACACAAGAGGUGUCCCUACAGGACUUUCCCUCCAUUUAGUCUGCCCAAGCUAAAUCUAUCACACUUGAUCUCUGUUCCUUUAGUCUUCUGACUUAUCAGAGUCUCAUCUACAGUUUUUAACCCUUGCCUGGUAGUUUAGGACCAUUUCAAUUCUUCUUUGAGCAAAGAAAGCUAGCUACUUGUAUUAGUCUGCAGACAGGCAGAAGGCAGGGUAGGCACCUUAAAGACCAACAAGAUUAGAGAUGCAGUAGCUUUUGUAAGCCACAGCUCACUUCAUCAGAUGCUAAGCUAACGCAUCCCUAAAGUCCCCCUCCCCUGCCUUCCGCCAGUUCUCUUUUGGUAUCUCCAGGCCUGGCUCCUGCAUCUUGUGCCCUUGCACAUUCACUCUUCUGUAUGCUGUAAAUACUUACAGAUGGGGUGUGGUGUUGGUAUGUGUUCUUUCCUUUGUAAAUAAACCAGGUUUUGUUGGA